CGUUUUUACGCUGCACAGAUUUCUGUGCCGCUUCUGGAACUGUCUGUGUGGCUGUAAAUGUUCCGAGGGGGAUUCCUUUUCGCGUUGCACAGAAACCGGACGCUGUUGGUACAUUAGCUGCAGAAAAAAUGUCAUAGUUGAGCCGAAUGAAUGGAUGCUGUGAGGUGCCUUUGCGCACAUCUGUCCAAAAUGACAUGAAGCUCUGAGCUUCCAUCGCUCAGCUCCGCCGAUUGUCGCCUCCGCUAGUCAGGGCACCAUGGCAACGAGGAUGAAGCUAAAGCUGAAGACUGUAUUUUUGCUCUACUUCAUGGUCUCGCUCCUGGGCCUCAUCUAUGCACUGAUGCAGCUCGGCCAGCGCUGUGACUGCACAGAACACGACUUCCCUAAAGACCGCACCAUAUCUCGGCUGCGUGGGGAGCUACACCGUCUUCAGGAGGAGAUGAGGAAGUUGGAGGUAACAAAGCAACCUCUGAAGCAGCCAGCCAAACCGUCCCUGCCCACCAUCUUUGUUAUCACGCCGACAUAUGCAAGGCUGGUGCAGAAGGCCGAGCUGACUCGUAUGUCCCAGACUUUUCUCCAUGUCCCUCGGCUCCACUGGAUCUUGGUGGAGGACUCGCCACACAAGACGCCUCUGGUGACCGACCUGCUGAUGAAGAGCGGCCUGACCUACACUCACCUACACAUGCCCACCGCCAAGGACCGCAAACUACAGGAGGGUGACCCCAGCUGGCUCAAGCCCCGUGGAGUGGAGCAGAGAAACGAAGGGCUACGGUGGCUUAGAGAGGACAGGAGGGCUCAGCCAGGAGGGGAUAACCAGCAGGGAGUGGUGUACUUUGCUGAUGAUGAUAACACAUACAGCCUGCAGUUGUUUGAGGAGAUGAGGAGCACACAGCGGGUGUCAGUUUGGCCGGUGGGCCUGGUCGGAGGCAUGAAGUAUGAGAGGCCUGUGGUUGAAGGAGGAAAGGUCGUUCGCUUCCAUACCGGCUGGCGUCCGAGUCGGCCCUUUCCGAUCGACAUGGCGGGCUUCGCCGUUUCCCUUAAAUUGGUCCUGGCCAAUCCGGAGGCAUGCUUUGAUGGAGAGGCACCAAUGGGCUUGCUGGAAAGCAGCUUUCUUCAGGGACUGGUUACCAUGGAUGAACUGGAGCCCAAAGCAGACAACUGCACUAAAGUGCUGGUGUGGCACACACGGACAGAGAAACCGAAGAUGAAGAGAGAGGAGGCGCUGCAGGCUCAGGGACUGGGUUCAGACCCUGCUGUGGAGGUCUGAGGGAAACACAUGCACAUCAACACACACACACACACACACACACACAGUGUGCGAUUAUAUUCUGCUGUUAAUGCUGCAUAUGUAACUGCAUUGUAAAUACUGUAAACACUAAAGUACAGAAGAGAACCUGGUUAUGAGAGACUGUUACACCCGGUUGUAAACAUAGAUGUGUAUCGAGCGUGCGUUUUGUCAUAACUGUGCUGAUUGUAUGCUAGUGUGUGUCUUUUUUUGUUUUGUUUUUGAGUUUGAUGUCCUUGUUUAGCAGUACAGUGGGUGUCAAUGUUAAACUACUACCUGAUGGGGGCGCCAGUGUAUUACUUUGUAAAGCCAUGCUGUUCUCCUGCUGGAACAUUGCGGCUUAAAACUGGAGGGAGGGUGCGUCUCAUAGCAGGGUCGUCUUGUGUCACUUCUGUUUACUUGUAGCUCAGUUAGACGCCUGUGAUGUUUCCCGCUCCUGGCAGCAGUUAGAUGUUUUUAUCAGGGGCUGGAUGUAUAAAUCAUGUGACAGGCGAAAACUGUGUAUAUAUCUUUUCCAAAACAUGGAGUGGUAUUUUAAAAAGGAAGAUUUGGUUUUUCAUUUCAUUUUUUUAAAUAGUGAGUUGAGUCAAUAUGAUGAUGAUGAAGAAAGAAGGGGGGAAAAUACAGACAACCAAGCUUGUCAUUUUUUUGUGAGUGUCCCAUUCACAAACUAAAUUUUAUCAUUAUUGUUUGAUGAUCGUAAAUGUUUGUGGCUUCAUGUUAUUGUGGGUAAAACCUUUGCCUAGCAUGCCAAAGAUCUCCAGGUUGGGACUAGGAGGUGACACAAAUGCAGCGUCGGGGGAGCACAAGCCAGUGUACUCCUAUUAGCAGUCCCAAGGGUUAAGUCAGGAAGAGAUUCUUCUGCAAGGAUGACCCCAUGGGAAGUAAGGGAGCAGCUCAAAGGACCCUUAUAUACAUUUCAGUAGUGUGGGUGUGAGAAUGAAGUGCGAAAGGUUACUUUGAAGGUGUUGGACUGUUUAUCACCCCAGUUUUGCUCACACAGCAGAUUGGGGCUGUUGAUGAUUUCAGAACUGAGAUCAUCAAACACAUUUUCCUUUUUUUUUCAAUUCUGGGUCUGAAUUUUAUGUUUAGUGAUAUUGAGCUGCUUAUUUGAGCUCAUGUCUAAGCGUUUUGUGCAAACUGUUAUUUUUAUAUACAAAUGAUUAAUGAAUGAUUAAUGAUUAAAUGAUUAACAAGGGAAGUGUCUACUAGACUGACAGAUACAGGACAUUUGUGGUAGAUACCGAUAUUUAGGGGGUUUAAAAAAAACAAAAACCUGAUACUGAUAUCGGCCGAUAUUCCUCAUACAUGUAAAUACAUAUUUCUAGAGUAUGUUUUCCAGGAAUUGGCCGUCUUAGCUACUUUGCUGUGACAAGAUUUCUAAAUCACCUAGGUCUUUUUCAGCUUUAUGUUUUGUAUAAAAAAACAUGAAAUGAUACGGAUAUAUCUGUGAUAUCGGCCGAUAAUAUUAGCAAACAGUAUAUUGGACAGUUUUGAUUGGACAGGGGUUUAUAUGGUCCCAGGUCUGGCUCUGGUCCCUCAAUCACAUGGAUAUAACGUGUACCCUGGUUUAGCAGUGCAGCCUUCAGUGUCGUUCCUGUUUUCAGGCCAAGAAUCAGUUACAACUGAGCACUUAGUUCAUGCAUGGCUUCUGAUUUUUGUGUUUGUAAGUCAGUAUUCAGGCAUUUAGAUCCUUUUUUUUUUUCCUUUUACCCCUAAAAACAAGUCAUCAGCAUCAAAACAAUGUUAAUAAUCUUUACUCAAACUGUGUAAUAACAAUGACUAGGAUUAAGCAUUGUAGAGCCAAGGCAGUGAAUACUUAGUCUUUUUUAACAAUAAAAAUAUCCAUGACUGAAACAGUGCUCUCUAAACAUGCUGAGCAGUGAACAAACCCCACGGACGACUUGCUGUUGCGUCUUUAUUAAGCCCUCAACAACCCGUGUUGCAGACAAAGUGGUGCAACUUAGCAACACGGGCACGACAAACAAAUGUGCAACGGUUCCACACCCAAUGCACAAGUUCUGGGUUGUAACUGGUGUCAUCACACCACAGCUAGUUUAACCCAGUGUUUUAUGAGCAGCUUUAGUGAUGCUUUUUAAAAAGUGGAAACCAUUUAAGGCAGUGAUUAAACAAACAACUCUGCUGAAGCGCAUAUAAACGACUUAUGCAAUAAACAAACAUGUUACAUUUCGACACUGCUGCGAUCAGAAAAACACUUGAAUUUGCCUCCAGCGGGCAGGAAAUCCCUGGUACUUAAACAUAGCAAUAUAUGAAAACUCGAGCUGUGCUUCGUCAUCUUCCACACUCCCUGCAGUUCAACAGACGCUGUAAAAACAGCUAGUGCCUGCUUACGUGUAAUUAGUGCCUGUAAGUAACUUCUCUACUGGUGUAUAAUGUAUUUAUUACUGUUCUUUACAUUGUACAGUGUGAUCAUGUCUGUCCCUGGCCUUGGAAAUAAAAGUAAUGAAAAACA